CGUCAACGGUCGUUUUAUUUUUAAACUCCCAACCGGAAGCUGUGUUUGUGGCUGCCUCUGGCUUGACGGCAGUGUCAGAGGAGUCCGGGCUGCAGCUGACAGUUGUGAGAAGUGGGUUAGAUGUUCAUUUUCGGUUUGAAGCUCAACCAUUGAUCGGCCUAUAUUCACAGCUCGGCCCUGCGCUAGGCAUAUGCUCUAUGUAUGAAUCCGACGGAGAGUCUUUGCCAUCGCCAUGCUGAAACUAUCCAAAGCAACACACUGCCUUUGUUUGUUGUUUGUGUGGGAGACAACAGUUUUCUUGGGAACUUUCUCCCACGCUGGAAGUUCUGACCAGGAUGCUUUCACCAUCCGGCACACGGACACAGGGCAGUGUAUGGUGGCACAGGCCGCAGGUGUGGACCUCGCCCCUUGUAACAGCACCAGCGGGUCCAAGUGGUGGAAGUGGGGCUCGGGUCACCGGCUCUUCCACACAGACACAUCCCUCUGCCUGGGCUUGGAGGUCCAGUCCAAAACCUUGUCCCUUUUUGACUGCGGGGGGGCCAGCCAAUCGCUAGAGUGGCGCUGUAUGGAAGGGGUUGUUUACACCGUGUACCAGAUGGGCCUGUCGGUCAACAACGGCAAAGUCGGUGCCAAGCGGGACUCUGUAGAUGCUUGGACACGAGAUGCAUCCCAGGACAACAUCUGCCAGAGGCCAUACCGUGUUGUCCACACCACCCAUGGGAACUCUGCCGGCGCUCCCUGUGACUUCCCCUUCCUCUACAAUGGGAGCUGGCAUCACGGCUGCCUCCCAGCUGAAGAUUACCCCGGAAUGUCCUGGUGUGCCACCACUUCCGACUAUGACCAGGACAAAAAGAUGGGACACUGUCUAAUACCUGAGGAAGGUUGCCAAACCUUGUUUGCAGGACAGGAGGGGGGAACUUGCUAUGAGUUUGUUCCUGGUGCAGCAGUGACCUGGUAUGAAGCUUUGGAUUCAUGUCGUAGCCAGGAAGCUGAUCUUCUCAGUCUCUCUGGUCCAGAAGAGCUCUUCUCCACCUCCCUCAUGGGCGGUCUGGGCAAAAUGCCUGACAAGAUGUGGAUAGGACUCCACCAGCUGGACACAUCUCAAGGCUGGCAGUGGUCAGAUGACUCGCCUCUCUCCUACCUGCGCUGGGAAUCAGGAAGUCCGGACACCUCCAUACUUGUUGAAUCAGACUGCGGAGUGCUGAACUCUAAGAAGAACUAUGAGUCUGAGUCAUGCAACAAGCGGCUGCCGUAUGUCUGCAAGAAGAGGGUCAAUGCUUCUCACACAACUACAACAGAGUCUACAGCAUAUAAAGAAACCGUAUGUGCAGAUGGCUGGGUCCCGUGGAGUGGCUGGUGCUACAGGCUGGUGAAGGAUGAGCCCCAGAACUUUGUAGAUGCCCAGUUGCACUGUAACAACACCGAAGGCGGAGGGGGAGGUUCUCUGGCCAGCUUCCACUCGUUGGACAGCAAGGAGAUGAUGAGCACAAAUUUCCAGCAAGAGGGCCAGGUGUUGGAUGUGUGGAUCGGUCUGAUAGGUACAGGCAUGGACUCCAUUGUCUUUAAGUGGGCUGACGAGAUGCCGGUCACUUUCACUUACUGGGGCCCAAAUGAGCCAUCCCAGCCUGCCCAGGAUCCCGGCUGCGUCUUCUAUUCUGGACCGUCUCAUGGUUGGAGGGUAGGAAACUGCACAGAGAAACUGCCUUUCAUGUGUCAGAAGAAAGGAGAGGUCAGGGAGUCGGCGACAGAGCUUGGAUGUCCACCAGAGGGUGGCUGGAAGAGACAUGGUAACUCCUGCUAUCAAGUGAACACCAAGAAAGUGUCCUUCAAAGAUCGCUGUAACAUCGCUAUAAGAAACAGGUUUGAGCAGGCUUUCAUCAGCCGUCUGCUUGUGGAGCAGAUCAGUAGGGAAACUCAGUAUUUUUGGAUCGGGCUCCAGGACAUUAAGAACACAGGGGAGUACCAGUGGCUGAGCCAGAAUGGAUCACAGGAUCCAGUUAUGUACACCAACUGGGGCUCGAGUGAACCAGAUCGAGAUGGAGGCUGUGCAGUGAUGUCCACAGCCAAACCCCUGGGCAAAUGGGAGGUGAAGAACUGUACCAUUUUUAAAGCUGGGACCAUUUGUAAGACAGACCUCACUCCACCACCAGCACCAGAGCCAGAGCCAAGCUCCAACACAUCUUGUCCUCAAGGAUGGAUGUCCAGAACCGGCGUCAAAUACUGCUACAAGGUCUUCCACAAGGAGCGUCUGAGCAGGACGCGCUCCUGGGAGGAAGCAGAGAGGUUUUGUCAAGCUCUGGGUGCCAACCUGCCCAGUUUCACCCGCCAGGAAGAGAUGACAGCCCUGCACUAUGUCAUGCGAGACACCAUCAGUGAUAGCCGUUUCUUCUGGGUUGGCCUGAACAGGAGGAACCCAGCAGACCGCUCUUGGGAGUGGAGCGAUGGCCGACCUGUACCUAUGGGUGUUUUACACCAUGAUCUGCAUGAGGACGAUGCAUACAAUCGGAACUGCGCUGCAUUUAAGACAAUGAGGAACAGCUUGAAACACUUGUUUGAAUUCCUGCUCCACGACAUUCGUCCCAGGCCUUUCUAUGCUACGCCUUUCCACUGUGAUGCUAGGCUAGAAUGGGUCUGCCAAAUACCCCGGGGAAAAAAACCAAAGACCCCUGACUGGUACAAUCCUGGUGGGCACCAUGAGACGUCGAUUUUUGUAGAUGACCGGGAGUUUUGGUUUGUGUCGGAGCCAAAGCUGACAUUUGAGGAGGCCAGACUCUUUUGCAGUGCAAAUGGUAGCCAGCUGGCUGUACCACAUAGCUUCACUGCUGCCACACAGAUCCACCAGUACCUGGCAAAGGUGUCAAGUUCUCCUCAGCAAAGCUGGUGGGCCGACGUGAGAGAGCCUGGGCGUUUCUACCCCAUGACGUUCAGACAGAUGCACUUCUAUCAUUCACUUUUCCUGGGCAGAUGCACCUCUCUCAGCCUUGAAAGCCUCUUCCCAGAGUACGACAACAGUUGUGAACGGCGGCUGCCCUUUGUGUGUGAGAGGCACAACACCACGUCAGUGGAGAGAGACCCUUUGGAGCCUCAUGCUGGAGGACUGGCCUGUGAGAACGGCUCCAUUGCCUUCAGAAAUAAGUGCUACACAGUGGUUAAACCUUUUCGGCAUUGGACAUUCAUGCAAGCCAAUGAGGAAUGCAAGUCCCUGAAGGGAACUCUGGUCACCAUAUCUGACCAGGUGGAGCAAGACUUUAUCACCACACUGUUGCCAGAAAUGGAGAAAAUAGAGAAAAUAUGGAUUGGUCUGAAGCUCAAAACUGAAGACCCACAGUGGAUGGAUGAAUCCCCGGUCAGCUUUGUGAAUUUUAACCCCCUGCUUCACGGCAUGCUCAGGCCGAUACGCGUCAACUUGCUUACAGAUAACAUGGAGUUAUGUGUCUUUAUGAUCACUAAUAACAACUCUGCCAUGAUGGGUACCUGGGACUACACCACCUGCAGUGAACAACAGCACCUGGGCAUUUGUCAACACUAUGCAGACAAACCAGAGGAGCCCAAGUUUCCCUCAGAGCUGCUCCACAUCAAUAACCACUCCAUCCUGCUGCUUCAGGGCAAUCUUACCUGGCCCGAGGCCUUGAAACAGUGCAAGGACAACAACAUGGAUCUGGCAAGUGUGAGCGAUACUUUCCUGCAGUCCGUCCUCACUGUGCACGUAAGCCGUGCACGCACACCCAUGUGGAUCGGCCUCUUUAGUACAGAUGAAGGGAUACACUACCACUGGUCCGACAACAGUCACAUCGUAUUCAGCCGCUGGUCCUCCGAGGGCACUAGUGGCUCGUGUGUCUACUUGGACACUGAUGGCUUCUGGAAGGCUACUGAGUGUGAGGAGGAGCUAGGAGGCGCUAUCUGCCACGAACCACACAAGGAGACCAUCACUACACCAGAAGAUGCUAUAGUGAAGUGUCCCCACAAAAUCAACGGUCCAACCUGGUUCCCCUUCAAGAACAACUGUUACUCCUUCCAGCUGGUUUCCUCCAGAUGGGACCAGUUUAACAGAGGGCUGAUUCGUGACACCUGCAAGGAUCUAGAUGAAAAAGCAGAAAUCCUAACCAUCCGGAAUGCAGAGGAGAAUGAGUUUGUCAAGCAGAACCUCAUCCCCUUCAGAAACCUGGUCCAGUUUGUAUGGCUGGCUCUCUUCAAAGAUGACAAUGAUAACCAGAUGAAGUGGUAUGAUGAUACAAAUGUCCAAUACUCCAACUGGAGAAAUGGCAGACCAGACAUUGAAGGAGACUUCAUGGCGGGUCUGAACCCUGAUGGUGUAUGGGAGCUCAUCACAUACAGGCCGUAUUUUGCGGACUUCAAACAGAGAAGCAUUGUGGCCUGCAAACUGGACAAUGAGUCAAAAGAGCAGUACUCCCAGACAUUGAAGGAUUUCCAAAACUAUGGCAGCCUAACUUACCAAGUUGUUAAAAGAAAACUGAGUUGGUUCCAGGCCCUGGAGGAGUGCGGUCGGCGUGGAGGGCACCUGGCAAGUGUCCACGACAUCCAGCAUGAUGCACAUUUGGGGCACAUCGCCAGGACAGAUGGCUUCCCACUCUGGAUCGGCCUAUCCAACCAGGACGCUAGCAGCUCAGCCUAUGAGUGGUCUGAUGGGACUGGAUAUGAGUACAGUGCCAUCUCGCAGGAGGGGUCCAGCUCAGUGGAUCAGCAGACUGGCUGUGUAUUUAUUACCCACACUGGAAGCUGGGUGAGGGCCGACUGCCACACCUUGGUAGAAGGCGCCAUCUGCUACAACACCACUAAAACCACCUUGUCCCAGAGGGCCAAACUGCAGGCAGCUCCAGUGACCAAAAACUGUCCCCAGAGCAGUGGUGCAGCCAGCUGGGUGCAAUACCAGGACCACUGCUAUGCCUUCGACAUGAGCUUCUUCAACUACAGCGUCUACAACAUGGAGAAGGCCAAGAACAUCUGUCAGAAUCUGGAUGCUCACCUGCUGACUAUAAACACCAAAGAGGAAAAUGAGUUUGUUACAAAGUACAUGUCCGAUAACCCUCUUAUCACCAGUCGAGUAUGGCUGGGUAUGGACCUUGAUACUCAAGGCAAGCCUGUGGCCUGGUUGGAUGGUUCAGCUCUGGCCUUCUCUAACUGGAAGAAUGGGGAGGCUGUUUCUAAGGUGAGCUCAGAAGCUCCCUGCGCUGUCAUGGUGUCGGCAGACAAAGGCGUCUGGAAUCACGUCAGCUGCAAGGAUAACCACAGCCGUGUUGUCUGCAAAGUCGCAGCAAGGUCUGGAGGCUCUCCGGUGGCUCUGGGUUUCUUCCUGGUGGUCGUCAUCGCUCUUCUGUCAGCCAUCGGCUUCAUCAUCUACAAGAAGAAGAGAGCCUACUUCUCAUCCACUGUCCGCUAUAAGAGGAACUUUGAUGAAGCGGACACCACCAGUAUUAUAACAGAAGCUGAUUGAGCUUACUUAAAUAAUCAGCCUCAGGAAGCAACAACGUGCCUGCCCUGUUUGCAUUUUGGAACUUCUCAGCAACAGCAAAUGCAGCUUGCCCAUUUUUUUUUUUUGGUAAUUAUUUAUUUGAGUUUCUCUCGUCAUUGUUGACAAAUUGUGAAUAUGCCCCAAGUUUGGUUAUUUUAUUAGAUUUAUUUUUAAAUAGGAGGGUACCAAUAAUUAUCCUCCUGCCCCUCCAACAAUAAGCUGAUCCAGCCCAUUGAUUUACAUGAUUUUUUGAGAUCCUGGUCUCAUACAGGAAAUGUUUUAAGUUGAUUUCAACAAAUAUAGCCUACAGUGUGUCAAAAUUAUAACUAAAUCUCCCAUUCAUUUAUCACUGAUUAUGCCCAAAUCCCAUGUUUGUGUGGCUGUUAUCAGACAACCAAAUCAUGCAGUUUUGCUUUAAAUUUUAAAAGGUAGUGUCAAUAAAUCUUAUCCAAACUGUUAUUCAUCAACUCCUUUAGAUUUCACCUCCAAACAUGCAUUUUAACAGCAUGUGAAGCAUCUCUUAUUAAUGGAAAAUAUUGCUGACUGUGCCUUUUACUGUAAGACUGUUAUUUCAGAAAAGAUCAGCUUUCCAGAAGAAAGCACUGGAUAGUUUAUGUGCAUUGUUCCUCUGAUAAGAAAUAUUUAUAUAUACAUAUACUCAUUCAGUUGCCCUCUUAAUGACCUAAUGGUAGGCAUUCAGUAGUCAAAUUUUAAUUGUUGAAAGAGCUUCAUUUGUAAUCCUGCUGAUUUAAGAGGUGCACCACGUCGUCUGAGCAUCAAGACGACUCCGAAGCACACCUGUUUGUAGAAUGUAUACCUUUGUAAAUCAGCCUUUCCUAUGCACUUAAAACUACUGAGCAAGUAAGCACUUUAAUAAGUCAUGGAGCAACAGUUCCUGCUGCAUUCAAGCACAAUGAAGUGUGGAGAUGAUUUUUUUUUCAUUAUUGCUUUCUUAAGGACUCUGGAAUUGCACUGGUGGUUGCUGUAAAUGCUUUGUAAAUAUAUGAUGUAUGUUUUUAUAACUGAGAACUGAACCAAAGAUGCUUUGAAUCUGUUGAAUGUUGAUAGCCUUGGCAUUCCUCUGAUUUUCAGGAAUCGCCUCAGUAGGGUGGGUUCUGCUUGCUAACCCAUUCAUAUCAAGACAUAGACCAAAUGUUGUUCUCCCAUUACACUGGUCAUAAACACAUCUCUUCAGCUCACAUCAGGUACAGUGUCCUUUCAAUAAAAUGACCUGUCUUCA